UGUCGCCAGCUGUUGGCCUUUAGCUAAUUUCAGUGUAAUUCGAAUUUUCCCAUGUAAGACGGUGGGAUUUAUUUUUUUCAUCGAACACAAAUGCAGAACCCACCGUUCGUGUUCUUCCGCGGUAAAUUUUGCGGUAAAUGAAACAAUUUUUAGUGAAAUAUAUGUGUGCGCGGUGGUCAUCACGAGGAUUUACAUCUAGUAGUUGGCCUAGAAAACCAUUCUGAUAAUCAUGAAUCUGCAAACACUGUUUCAGGAUUUCAAUCCAAGCAAAUUUUUGGUACACUCCUGUUUGAUGAUAUUUACAACCUUGUUUGCACUUCGUUUGGAUGGUUUUAUAGAAUGGAGUUAUUGGUCUGUAUUUACUCCAAUAUGGUUUUGGAAAAGCAUGGUAAUUUUAGGUGCAACUGUUGGAAGUUAUGUUUGGUGGAGACAUCCACAUGCAAGGUUGGAAGGAGAUGCUUAUAUACAUUAUAAAGCAAUGUUAAUUACAUUGGCAUUACAUUUGAUCUUGUUAAUGUUUGAAUUGUUAGUAUGUGAUAAAUUAGAAUCUGAAAGACACCUUUGGAUGCUUGUGUUUAUACCACUUAUCUUCAUCUCUGUAGUAUCAGUAGUUGUGUGUAUAUGGGCUGCAAAACAUGAUCGAUCAUUUGAACUUGAAUUAUUUUGUGCAGUAAAUGUACUGCAGUUUAUUUUCUUGGCAUUAAGAUUGGAUGGUUUUAUAACAUGGAGCUGGGAAGUAGUGUUUGCUCCCCUUUGGGCACUUUUAUCCUUAUCUCUAGUGGCAGUUCUAUAUGCAAUAGUAUUUGCUGCUGUUUUAUUAAGAACUCCACAAAUUAAUGCCAGGCAAAGGCGGACAUCUUUAAACUCAGCAUUGGCAUAUACUUUUCUUGUGGUUCCAAUCUUAGUGUUCCAAGUACUAUUAGCAAAUAAAUUGGAUGGAGAUAUUUCAUUAAAUUAUACUACAAUAGCAAUGCCGCUUUUAAUAUCUCAUAUAACCCUUAUUUUUAUGUCAUUUGAUGCAAAAAGAGGAAAUAGAUGGUGGUUUGGUAUUAGAAAAGACUUUUGUCAUUUUCUAUUAGGAUUAUGCCCGUUACUUCAAGAAUAUGGUAAUAUUUCUUAUCAACCCAGAAAUGAACAGGACCAACCACCAUCAGAACCAAUGGUCUCUGAAAAAAAUGAAAAACAUGUAAAAAAAAUCGACCUAACAAAACCUGUUGUACCUAUAAUUUCUAUUGAUAUGCCAGAUUGAUUGUGUUGUUUAGGAUCUAUUUGAGAAUGAAAUAUUUUUAUUGAUAUGACUGGUUUGUACCAGAUGCCAUAUCUUAAUGAAUAACGAAGAGGUGCGUAAAUAAUAGCGAAAUCUAUUAUAAACAAAAAAAAUUAUUUUCAGUACGAUAUGUCGUAAUGAAAAUCUUGUUAUUGUUAAACAUAUUG